GUUCAGGAGAUGGGGAAUGCCAAGGCCAGACGACUCUAUGAAGCUUUCCUACCAGAAUGUUUCAUACGACCAGAGACUGACCAGUCAGCAGAGAUGUUCAUCAGGGACAAAUAUGACAAGAAGAAGUACAUGGACAAGGUUCUAGACGUCAACAGACUUAGAAAAGAGAAGAGCUGUGAAAACAUCCCCAAGGAGCCAGUAGUGUUUGAGAAGAUGAAGUUGAAGAGAGAAAACAGCCCAAAGACACAGACCCAGUCUCCAUCUAUCUCUGACCUCCUAGGACUUGAUGAUCCUGCUCCCCAUCCUCUUAUAUCUAAUGGUAGAUCCAGCUCUGAAGAGAGGGGGAGUCCUCUGGUGGCUAACCCAGCUACGGUGCACUCUGACCUGAAUCUAUUCAGCUCCCUGCCUGCCUCUUCCUCCACCACCUCCACCAAGACCACGCCGGUGGGUAGCUCCAUGCCCAGGGGUUGUGUGGCCGCGUCGGUACCCGAGAACCUCAGCCUGUUCCUGGACUCAGCACCCAGACAGGAGGGCUCUAGGACAAAGAUGUCCAAGGACUCUAUCCUCUCCCUCUACGCAACCACACCCACAUCGCACCAGAACCUGGCUCCAAGGGCUGGCCUGUACAUGAACCCAGCCCAGCUGGGCUACUACGGAUCGUACCAUUCCCUGGCCACGCAGGGGGGGACGAUGGGAGGAGCCAUGGUGACAUCACACUCCAUGAUGGCCCUGAGUGGUCAGCAGCAGAACGGCAUGAUGGGAGGGCAACAGCAAAGCGUUAUGGGAGCUCAGCAGAGUGGAAUGGUGGCAGCACAGCAGAAUGGCAUGAUGGGAGCUCAGCAGAACGGCUUUAUGGCUCAACAGGGUGUCAUGGGGCAAACGGUCAACACAUCCCCGUUCAUGGCAGGAGUGCCACACAGCAUGAUAAAUCACCAGCAAAGCAUUAUGGGAGCUCAGCAGAGUGGUAUGAUGGGAGCUCAGCAGAGUGGUAUGAUGGGAGCUCAGCAGAACGGCAUGAUGGGAGCUCAGCAGAGUGGUAUGAUGGGAGCUCAGCAGAGCGGCAUGAUGGGAGCUCAGCAGAACGGCAUGAUGGGAGCUCAGCAGAACGGCAUGAUGGGAGCUCAGCAGAACGGCAUGAUGGGAGCUCAGCAGAAUGGCAUGAUGGGAGCUCAGCAGAGUGGUAUGAUGGGAGCUCAGCAGAGAGGCAUGAUGGGAGCUCAGCAGAGUGGUAUGAUGGGAGCUCAGCAGAGAGGCAUGAUGGGAGCUCAGCAGAGAGGCAUGAUGGGAGUGCAACAUAACGGCAUCAUGGGAGCACAGCAACAAAGCAUCAUUGGACAUCAACAGAAAGGCAUGAUGGGUGGAGUGGCGUUCGUGCCUCAGCAGGUACAGCAGGAUCAGUGCUCCAUCACUCAGAUGACCCAGCACAUGGCGGGGGUGAACUUCUACGGCACCAACGGCAUGAUGGGAUACGGAAGUCAGCACAUCGGAGGACCAAAGACUCAAAGCUCCAACCACAUGACGACGUCUCACGUCUGGAAGUGAUGUCAUCACCUGAAGAGGAAGUUGAUGUCACUGAGCAUCAGUGGUGCUUGGAAGGUUUCGGGGACUUUUCGAAUUAACUUUCCAUCAGACAUUUUAGAUAGCAUGGGAGGAGGAUGAGGAAGAGGAGGAGGGGUUUACUUAGGCGCUCUUUCGAUCUCCUCUCCUCUCCUCUCCUCUCCUCUCCUCU